GUAAGUCUUCUCCCUGGUGCUCCUUCACCUCCAGGUGCUCAGCGGUCGGUCUGGGCUCACACUCAGUGACCAGACGGCGAACCCAACAGGGUUGAGAGGAGGGCGGCGGCCCAGAGCCCUGCUGUGGAGCAAGCCAGCCUCUGCUUCUUGCCUUCCAGCUGCAGAGGAUGCAGGCUCUGGAGAGGGAGCAGGAUGCCCUGUGGCAGGGGCUGGAGCUGCUGGGGCAUGGCCGGGCCUGGUUUGAGGGCUGUCUCAGGGAGGCACAGCAACGACAGCUGCAUCUAGGGGCUCUUGGUGAGAAUUUUCUAACAGAUUUACACUCAGAGCUUCAUGGCCCCCAGUUAGCCCAGAUUCAAAAGGUGAACAUGUGUUUGCAGAAUCUGAUUCAGGAGAAGUUCUCCCCACAUGCCUUAAACAAGGCUAGUUCCUGUGCUGCCCAGGACUGGAAGGGAAGGCCAAGGAAGCAGAACUUACAGCAGCAACAGGUAAACUGUAGGGGAGUGGGGGUGGGGGAGGGCGAAAGCCCUGGCCCCUUGGGGGAGGGGGACCACAGAUGCCCACGCUGUUUCUCUCCUCUUCUGCAGGAGUUGUCGAGGCAGCAGAAGGGAAGCAUUCAGCCAAAACGGGAGACCGCUCAGCCGGGCUGCCCCAAGAUGCAGUGGGGCCCAACCCGUGUGUAAAGCCUCCUCUGGGUUUCCUCAUUUGGUGAGGGGG